UGGGCGGGGCCUCGCGUGGGCGGGGUCUCGUGGCCGGAGCAGAGUCGCAAGUCCCUACUCGAGCCGCGCUCCGGCAUGGGCUGGCUGCGGGGUGUGCUGCGCCUUGUGUCGGGCGCCGUGUCGAGGGAGGUGAGGGAGCUCGUGGGCACGGACCAUCUCGGGAACAAAUACUACUACAUCGCCCCGUACAAGAACUGGAGAGGGCAGACUAUUCGAGAGAAAAGAUUUGUGGAAGCAGCAAACAAAAAAGAAGUGGACUAUGAAGCAGGAGACAUCCCCACAGAGUGGGAAGCAUGGAUUAGAAGAACAAGGAAGACCCCACCUACUAUGGAGCAGGGCACAGGACAGUGGUGGCUACAGAAAAGGAAAUGGCUGGCAACACUGGAGCUAGAGGCGGUGCUCUCGGAAAUACUAAAGAAUGAAAAAUACAGAGAAGAAAUUAAAAUUAAAAGCAAAGAAUUUUACGAAAAAGAUAAACUCGGUAAAGAAACCCGCGAAGAACUCCUGCCUUCACCUGCUGCAACCCAAAUUAAAGGGCAUGCCUCUGCUCCGUACUUCGGAAAGGAAGAACCUUCAGUGGCUCCCACCAGCACUGGUCAAACUUUCCAGCCAGGAUCCUGGAUGCCAGAAGAUGGCAAAAGAUAAAAUCCAUGAAUGUACUAUAAUAAAGUCAUUUCAUAUGGAUAUAGUUAUUUUAACAAAUAAAACUUAAAAGUUGACCCCUUUGAA